UGUAUUUGUUGCCUGAACUUAUAUUGGUUAUUUGUAUACAGAUAUGGAAUUUCAACACCUAGUCCAGGUGGCUUGCCAAAUAACAUGAAGUCCAAAUCAUUGACAAAUCAUAGAUGGCGGAGGGUGGUCUUUAAAAUAAGUGGUGCUGCAUUAGCUGGGACUGUUCCUCAGAAUAUUGACCCAAAGGUGACUGUGCUGAUUGCUAGAGAAAUUGCAAUUGCGUACCGCCUUGGUGUGGAGGUUGCAGUUGUUGUUGGGGGUCGUAAUUUCUUUUGCGGAGACACGUGGGUAGCUGCAACUGGUCUUGAUAGAUCUACAGCAUACCAGAUUGGGAUGAUGGCUACGGUAAUGAACUCAAUAUUGCUUCAGUCAGCAUUGGAGAAAAUGGGUAUUCAGACUCGAGUACAAACUCAAUUUCAGAUUCCAGAGGUUACUGAGCCAUACAGCAGGAAACGGGCUGUUCGGCAUCUUGAAAAAGGAAGAGUUGUAAUAUUUGGUGGCAUUGGGGCAGGCAUGGGAAAUCCUCUCUUCACUACGGAUACAGCAGCAGCUCUAAGAGCUACAGAGAUACAAGCGGAAGCAUUACUGAAAGGUACCAAUGUUGAGGAUGUCUAUGACUCCAGAAGCAACACCAAUAAUGUGACUUUUGAACACCUCUCCUUCCAAGAGUUUGUUUCCAAAGGUGUUUCCUCUAUGGACAUGAUGGCAGUAACAUUCUGUGAAGAGAAUGGAAUCCCUGUUGUCGUAUUUAAUCUAAAUGAGCCCGGGAACAUUUCUAGAGCAUUAUGUGGAGAACAAGUUGGUACCUUGAUUGACCAAGCAGGAAGGAUCAGCUGAUGUAUUUUGAACAUAUUGUCCUUGGUUCUGCAUGCUGUUGAAAAGCCACAGAAGCACAAACAAUAUGUGGUAGUCAUCUGCUAUAAUGUACCGUGUGCACCCAAACUAACCAAUCGUUUGGGUUAAUCUCCAUCCAUUUGAGACGCAAGUGGAUUUCAGCAAGCCUUUGUUUUUAAUUUGAAGCUGCUGCUUGUGAGUACAGGACGGCGUGGAUUGGAGGUUUGGUUCGAUCAUUGCCAUUGACUAAAUUUUAUUGGCAAAGUAAGGUAAAUUGCCUCGCCUACUUAUCAUCCGUUCAAGGCUGCAGGGGAGGACAUUCUUGUUGAUACAGGUUUAGAGGAAUUGGCUAAUAUUGUUUGCUCCCCGUUGUAUUUUUUUUCUUUCUCUGUAAAUGGUUUUGACAGCCCAUGUCAUAUAAGUUAAAUUGGUCUGGAUUUGAAA